ACUAUAGAGUAUAGAGUUUAGCAGACAGCACAGCAGUAUAGAUUAUAGAAUAGUUGCAGUUGGAGGUAGCAUGGUUGUAGUUGUUGCCUGAGUCGUUGAGUUUUUUAUUUAUUUAUAAUUUAUUUUUUAUAAUUUUAAUUAGAUUUUUAUUCAGCAAAUAUUGUUUCGAAAACACAAUAAUUCAAUAAUUAUCUGUACAUUUUUUGUAGCUGUUUUAAAUAUUUAUUCUACAGAAUAAAUUAUAUAAAUAAUAUAUUAUUGUCAUAAACGUAUAAUGGACGGAAAAAACAAAUUUGUAAGCCCUUUCUACCGACCCUGGAUGACAACGUAUGGAGCUGCUGCACCAGCUGGUGGAUCCAACAAGGGUCUAAAGGGCAUUGUUGCCGGUGGAAUUACUGGAGGUAUAGAAAUAUGUAUUACUUAUCCGACAGAAUAUGUAAAAACACAAAUUCAACUUGAUGAAAAAGCUGGUGCUAGAAAAUAUAAUGGUAUAAUGGAUUGUGUUAAAAAGACUGUGAAAAGCCAUGGUAUAUUUGGUCUAUAUCGUGGGCUUAGUGUGUUACUUUAUGGAUCUAUCCCAAAAUCAGCUGUUAGGUUUGGUGCAUUUGAAGCUCUUAGCACUCAAUUUGGAGGCAGUGGAGAAUUAACAGCUACUCAAAGAGUGUUGUGUGGUCUUGGUGCAGGCGUGUCUGAAGCCAUACUUGCAGUCACUCCCAUGGAAACCGUGAAAGUGAAAUUCAUUAAUGAUCAACGACUAGAAAAACCUAGGUUCAAAGGUUUUUUCCACGGAACCAGUAUUAUCAUCAGAGAGCAAGGUAUUAGUGGUGUUUAUCAAGGAUUAAUGCCAACUAUAUUGAAACAAGGUACUAAUCAAGCAAUCAGAUUUUAUGUAAUGGGUGCAUUAAAAAAUCUUUACAAGGGAGAUGAUCCUAACAAACCGGUACCAAAACUAUUAGUUGGAGUUUUUGGUAUGGCAGCGGGGGCUGCCAGUGUUUACGGUAAUACACCAUUGGACGUAGUUAAAACACGUAUGCAAGGACUAGAAGCACAUAAGUACAAAAGCACAGUUGACUGCAUGCUUCAAAUAUGGAAAAAAGAAGGACCUACAGCGUUUUACAAAGGAACUGUACCUCGGCUUAGCAGAGUGUGUUUGGAUGUUGGUAUAACAUUCAUGAUUUAUGAUUCAUUCAUGGAUCUCUUCAAAAAAGUAUGGCCUUGAGUUACCUAAUAAAAAAAAACCAACAAACUAUAUAAAAAUAUUAGUAAACAUUAAAAGAAUACUGUGCAACUUAAUCCUUCUUCUGGAUAAUCCCAGCACAUAUUUUUCACCUGAUUAUCGAUGUAUUAAUCAAUAUUCUAUCAACUAUACUUUUUAAAUGUUUUAUUUAUUACUCAAAUUUUAAAAUUAGAAUGAAAAAUUAAAAUUAUUUAAAUGUUUUUAUUUUUAUAAUAAAUCAUCUGGUAGAAAGUAAAUUAUUUUUAUUGGAAAUUUUUACAUUCCAAAAUGAAUAAGACGCACACAUUUUUGUAAUAAUUAUUAAAAUUGUUUUUGUUUUUUUUUUUUUUAGUUAAAAAUUAUUAAUUGGUUAUUUUAGUUUUUUUUCAUUAAACAAUUAAAAUGUUUGUGUUUUAUAUUAUAUAAUAUAUUUAGAUAUAUAUUUUUUUGAGAUAUAGUUUUUUCUUUGUGUUCACAAUAUUUAAAUUGUUGGGGUUUGUUUAUUUAUCUGUUAGUACUUAAGAUUUGAUGUUAUUAAUUUUUUUUUUUAUGGGAGCUGUAAAUUAACAAUCGAUUAAUCAAGAAUAAUAUUUGCCAUUUUAUUAAGAUUGAUGACAAUAAGUAAAAAUGUAUUGUAUUUUUACCUUUAUUAUUAUCAAGAAUAAGAUCUAUCUAUAUAUUUUUUAUAUACUCAGAACUAUGAAAACACAUCUAAGUUAUUUAAUCUAGUCUAAAAAUAUAAUUUUAUUAAUGAUUUACAUUUUGAACGUUACAUAAAAUUAUAAUAUUUCAUAUUCAUUUUGCCAUAAUUAUUUAAAUUUAUAGAUUACUGUAUAUUGAUUUUUGUUAAAAAAUGUUGUGUAUGGUAUAUUUUUGUCACAUUUUGUAAGACUUUAAUAUGUUUAAAUAUAACAUAACAGUAACAAUAUAUGUACAGAAUGUAUCAUAGAUAUUUGAAAAUUGUACAUUAAAGUGUUUUUAAACAUAUCAUAUAUUUAUGAUACACUCUGUAUGUAAAAACAAAAAAAUUAUUGAACAAUUAAAAAAUUUCAAUAGUAUGAUUGAUGAUACAUACAUUUAUAUUGUAUUGUCAUAUAACUUUUAAUAGAUUUUUAUAAUUUAUGUGUUAUUUGUAUAUCCUAAUUCCUUACAAACAAUUCAAGUAUAAUAAUGCAUUUAUAAAAUAAUCUGGGUUUUUAAUUUUUUUUUUAAGUAUACCAUUUUUCUAAGAAUAAUUUUGUAUUAUCACAAUAGAAAAAUAAUAAUCUUUUAUACAAGUACCUAAAUCUAAAAUAUAAUGUAUAGAUACAAUAUUAAAUAAACAAUAAAUAAUAUGAACUUAA